ACUUUCCAUCCACCGGUUGGUUGAUGAAGACAAUUUUCCGUUUUUACUGGCGGAAGAAAAGUUGGAAUCGGAAACGAUGAGAGGAUAAAACAGAGUAAUGCGCGAGCCUUGCAUAAUAAAGCGGAUUCGUGGCGGAACCUUCAGCUUAAGUUAAGCCCACCCAGUCACCUACUACACUACAUCAUCACUGCUGAAACUCUCCCAUAUCUCCGUAUAGCGCUCUCACAAUCGUAAGACUCUUGGGUAAGAGAAGUUGGAAAUAGAUCAUUUUGGAGUAAUAUGGCUUCGAUUACGUCUUGUCUGCCAACCAUGGCAUUGAGAGUCAAUCAUCUGGAGAAUCUGACACUACAUAGAUCACCGUGUUCUAAUGGAAAGCUUUUCCACUUCAAAGUUGCUUCUUACAAGUUUACUAAACCCGGGUAUCCAGUCUUGUGCCAAGACUCCACUGCUGGGUUUCCACUUUUGGGGGAACUUAGUGCGCUUGCUGCAAGCCCCAGCAAGAAGAUGGUUUCUAACGGAUAUGCGGGGAGGGCCACCUUCAAGAAUAAAACAUACAGGAGGUUGGAUUCUUGUUUGGUUGUUCCCCCACCCGAGGGAAAGAAGCCUUGUGGGAUUAUCAAAUUCUUAGGCGGGGCUUUUAUUGGGGCAGUUCCUGAAGUUACAUAUGGCCAUCUGAUUGACCUUUUGGCAAAAGAAGGCUUCCUUAUCAUCUCUGUGCCAUACAAUGUGACAUUUGAUCAUGCCCAAGCUACCCAAGAUGUAUAUAUGAGGUUCAAUGCCUGCUUGGAUAUGAUCAUAACAUCUGGAUUACUUGAUGCUAAUCUAAAACCCAGUGAGCUUAAUUCGCUACCGGUCUAUUCUGUUGGUCAUAGCAACGGUGCUCUACUCCAAUUGCUCACAGGAAGCUAUUUCUCUGAGAAGAUACCAAAGGCUAAUGCCAUAAUCUCAUUCAACAACAAACCAGCAACUGAGGCAGUACCAUACUUUGAGCAGUUGGGCCCACUAGUUAGUAUGAUGGUGCCUAUCAUGGAAGCCUCUCCCGUAUAUUCAAUGGCUAGAAGUGCUUCAGGAGAUGCAUGGAAGUCAUUACUUGAUGCAGCUGGAGCAGUGAUACAAGAGUAUGAUGAAGAAGUCAUGGUGUCUUUAAAUAAAUUUGUUGAUCAAUUGCCCUCGGUCAUGAAUCAGGUCACCCAGGGGAUAUCAGAGUUCAGGCCUACACCCUCUGAGAACCGUGAUUGUUUUAAGAAUUCAUAUAAUGUUCCUCACACUUUACUGGUGCAAUUCAACUUGGAUGCUAUUGAUGAAACUGAUCUACUUGAAGAGGUGUUGAAGCCUCGUGUUGAUUCCAUAGGGGGGACAUUGGAAAAGGUAUCAUUGUCUGGGAAUCAUCUCACCCCAUGCAUCCAGGAUUUGAGAUGGGAAGUGGGUUACGUUUACACCCCAGGAGAUGCUGUUGCUCAGGGUUUGAAGGCCCUUUCACUUAAUGACACUAGAGUGCUUGCCAAAACCAUCGCCAACUGGUUCAAAAGACUUGAUGGGCAAUGACAUUAGAAGCCACCUGAGGUUCUGCUCAAGUUUGACUGGUACCAUAUCAGUCUUGUUUUUGUAUACGAUUUAGUAUCCGUUUUUCCAGGAGGACAAUCCACAUGAGUUGAAAAUGCAGUGCUAUGACUAUAUAUGGAGUAGUAACCCUUUCGGAUCCCCAUGGUGUCUAUAGAAUAAAGCAGGCUGCACUAGAAAAUAGAAAUAGCCUCUGGUUGUCAUUGUUCCGAGUGCAGGUGAUCGAGCUAUCCCGUGGAUCGAUCUUAUGCAAUACUUAGCCUUGCAGCUGCAAGGAAAGAAGGAAAGGUGGCAAGUACCUUGAUGCUCCUCCUGUGAAGGACAGAGAUGGUUAUAGUUUGUGUAUAGGCAAGAGGUAUGGUUACUUGCUUAGAACCUCCAUGUAGCCGACCCAAUUAAAUUGGGAUAAGGCUUUGAAGGCUUUGGUGGUGGUUGUUGUUGUUGAUCCUCUUGAUCCUUUUAGGGGGUUAAGAAAUCCUAAAUAUUUUUAUGCAAGGAUCAUAUUGGUUAUUGUUGUUA